GGGCUCGGCGGCGCUGGCUGGGCUGCGUGGAGGGCUGGGCGGUCAGCGGCGGCGGCCCUAGUGGGGGCCGCGGCGCCAUGGGGCGGCGGUAGACGGGCUCGGGCCGGCCAGGCGAGGCGCGGCGGCGCUCAUCCGGUCCGCGGCGCCCUUCGGCGGGGCCCGGGGCGGGCGGGCAGGCCCGGGGCGGGGGUCGUCCCGGGCAGCGCGGGGCCGCGGGGCGGGGCUCGCCGGCCGUCGGGGCGCAGGAGGCCUGGGCCGCCGCGAGGAGCCGCCGCCGGUCGCUGGGCCCCGCCGCCGGGCCGCUCGACGACGACGCUCCCGCGGGGGCCCCGCCUGAGGAGGACGCGGCGGCGGCGAGGCCGCGGGAGGCCGCGGGGGAUGGAGGAGCGGAAGGAGGAGGGCGAGGCCGAGAUCCAGGAGCACGGGCCCGAGCACUGGUUCUCCAAGUGGGAGCGGCAGUGCCUGGCCGAGGCCGAGCAGGACGAGCAGCUGCCCCCCGAGCUGCAGGAGGAGGCGGCGGCCGCCGCGCAGCCCGAGCACAAGCAGCAGAAGCUGUGGCACCUCUUCCAGAACUCGGCCACCGCCGUGGCCCAGCUCUAUAAAGACCGAGUGUGUCAGCAGCCAGGACUGUCGCUCUGGGUCCCCUUCCAAAACGCAGCCACCGCCGUCACCAACCUCUACAAAGAAAGCGUGGAUACCCAUCAGCGAAGUUUUGAUAUUGGAAUUCAGAUUGGCUAUCAGCGACGCAAUAAGGAUGUGUUGGCUUGGGUUAAAAAGCGCAGAAGAACUAUUCGUAGAGAAGAUUUGAUCAGCUUCCUGUGUGGAAAAGUUCCUCCACCACGAAACUCUAGAGCUCCCCCAAGACUGACUGUAGUGUCCCCUAACCGAGCUACUUCAACGGAAACUAGCUCAUCUGUAGAGACUGAUUUGCAACCCUUCCGGGAAGCCAUAGCUCUGCAUGGUCUUAGUGGUGCAAUGGCUAGUAUAAGCGUGCGUUCGAGUACCCCAGGCUCUCCUACACAUGUAAGCAGUGGAUCGAAUGCUAGUCGAAGGAGAAAUGGACUCCAUGAUGUCGAUUUGAACACUUUCAUAUCAGAAGAAAUGGCACUCCACUUGGACAAUGGUGGAACUAGAAAGCGUACCUCAGCCCAGUGUGGCGAUGUCAUUACAGACUCACCAACCCAUAAACGCAACAGAAUGAUCUAAACUGCAAACAUUUUCACACCCACCAUGCUGCUUGAAAGCCACUUGAUCCUCAACAUAUACUAUUAUUGCAAAGGAAACAUGAGGCCAUCUUCCCUUGUUCACUGUUUAAGACAAGUGAAUUCUCUAGUGGUUGCCAUAAAAGGAAGUUCUAGGUAUUUCCAGUAGAUGCCUCUUGUAACUAUGGCUUUCUUAAAACUAUAAUCCUAGCAGAGGACAUCAGAUAUCGUGUAGUCGUUAGCAAGAUCAUCAUAGGCAAACAUAUCCGUUCCAAGGCUAAAAGUGACCUUAACUGUAUUUAUUCUCAAAGGGAAAGGAAAUAUCAGAUGUUUAUUUGGUUAUAGAAUGCCCUUUUUUUUUUUUUGUCCAUUUCCUGCUGUGUUGAGUAUUUUGCUUCAACAGUAUUGCCAGAUUCCUAAAAUUGUCUAAAACACACGAUUUGGCUUCCUUGUCAAAUCUGCAGGCUUCCAUUUUUGCAGCAGCACUGUACCAUGCACCUGGUUUCUCUAUAGUAACAGUGUGCAACUUCUAAUUAUUGGACUGUGCCCUGUUUUUAGUUUUCAAAGCAGUUUCUAAUUCUGGUGAUUGUGUGAUAUAUAGAGGUGCUAUGAUGGUCAUGCAAUUAAUACUUAAUAUUGAAUCAAUACACAGAACUUUAUUGGAUUCACUUUGUGUGUGUUAGUGCUCUAAAAGUAGCAAUAUUAUUAAAUUGCCCCCAGAUUAACCCCGUAGGCUUAAAAUACUCAGUUUUAAGACAAGUACUACUUCCCAGUCAGGGUACUGUCCUUAUGGUAAAUGUAAACAUGUAGACUGCAUUCAAGGUGACCUCAAGUAGAGAGGUCAUGAACUUUGAGAAUGGGCUUCCUUUUUGGUUCAGUAUUAGUGAGAGGGAGAUGGAUGGUGGUAGGGUAGGUAUUUAUUGUAAGCUUUUGUAUCCUGUUGGACAUUUCUCAUGAAUACACUGAUUUGUGCAGUUUCCAUUGGAAUGGGUGGAAGAUAAAGGUCUUAUCUGCUAAUUAUGUGAUCACAACUUAAAUAGCAAAACCCAACUCUCCAAUCCCUCUCCUCAAAAGUGCAGUUUGGAAUCUCAUUCUGGAAAAGAUGGAAUCGCAUGGAGGUUCUCUAGAUGUUAGGUAGACCUAAAUUAAAGUUCUGAAUAGAUUCCUCUUUUGAGUAAAUAUAAGACCUCUUGUAGCUACAAUGUUUUAGAGCAUGUUUCAUCUUCAUUUUUAAUAUCUUGAACUGAAUGAUAGUCUUUUUUAGAUGAAGAACUGAUGUCAGCCUGCCAGGUACUGUAAUUUAUUCUAUCAUAUUAUUAUAUUAUAUAUCAAGUAGGACAGUGAAAAUGUUUCCUUGCAGACUUGUAGUCCAGUGUCAGUUACUUCCUGUUUUUAUCCUUAAAAGACCAUUGCAAAUCAGUGUAAGGGUUUUUCCAGUAAUUACUCACAGCACUUUGUUAAAGUUUGCCAUUUCUUCAGCCAUUUAGUAAUACCUUUCUGUGAAGAAACUUUGCUAAGUUAACUAUAAUAUUCAUUGACUGGGUGGGAUGUGAAUGGGAUGUUAGAAAUGUGUGAACUGAAGUUCUGUAUUCAUUAUAGAUAUAGCCCUUAUUUAAAACAGUCAAUUCCAUACUAAAACUAGGAAUGAAAGUGAGGUAUUUCUAAAUUUUUGCAAAAGUGGAUCAUUUUUUGUUUGAAUAUAAUGGCAGGAAGAAUUAUAGCAGUCUGUCAUUUUACCUGAAACGGACAAGCCUAUGUAUUAUGAAUACUUUCAAGCUUCCCUUUGGAAUAUGCCAAGAAAUGCAUUGGAAUUAUCUUUGUUUUUCUAUCGUUGUAAAUUUAGAUUCUGGAGUUUGGUGGUGUGAAGCGUUGCUCACAAGUGGCCAGAACUCCUAUUCCUACAGAAUUUUGAGACCGAGGGACACAUAUUUAAUCUCCCCUUUAUGCCUUUGUUCUAGUUCCUCUUUCCAAGUUGAGUAACAUUUUAUUUUUUGGUUAUUUUUGUUUUAGUUGGUGCUCUGAAAUUUAAUCUCAGUACCCUUUACUCUCGAUUGUCAAAUUUUGGUAAAACACGUGCCAUUUUCUUUGGUAAGAUAAAGCAGGUCUUAAUGUCUGCCAGAACACAAUUUAUAUGCCUUAUUGGCUCCAUUAAACUUUUUAAAAACUUUA